GUUUGUCAAAAGUCGGCAGCAAAGUCAUCCGAUUAAUUUUCACUCUCAGCUGUCUGACUUUUUCUUCCUUCGUUGUCGCGCUCCGGAACUCUUCUGCCGUGGCCUGAUUCAAUUUCCUCGCGGAACAGUAUCGUGGUUUGUUUCGAAAUCUGGAUUAUUACGUGAAUUAAUUGUAGCGGCAAUCGGCCGACUGUUAUCUCACUACGGGAACGGAAUCAGAGUCCCACAAAACGUCAGCCACUGAUUGAGUCGAAAUGCCCGAACAGCGACAGGGCGACGGCGAAGGCCCUGGGACACCUGCCGGAGGUGAAGGACAACCACUGGUGGCUAACAAUGGAAACGCACCCGAUCAAGCCCAAGCACGUCAGCCAACCAGAGCGGAAUCUUUCUUUGCUAUCACAAAAUCUCUUAUCCUGCGGGCCUUGGUUAUUUACUUCAUCUCGUAUAUGUUCCGGCGACCAGCUCCGAAUGCAGAGGUCAACAACCAGUCAGGGAGCGCAGCUCAGAGCAAAAUCACGGCGUGGAAUCUGUUCGAAAACGGCACCAUGUUCGACUUGCAUGUGUACAUCUCGGAGGACGCCGCGAAUGUGGACUUCAACGAUCCCAGCGCAUUGAUUUGGCUUCAGGAGGAUCUGAUGUAUGGAGAUUGGUACGGUGGCCGCGAUGGGGAUGGCAUAUACACGAUCAAUACUCAGAUCAAGGCAUCAGAACGGCUCAUGAACAACGGAUCCAUCUAUCUCCAUACGUAUGUCACGCGAGCUGGGAAGAGUCCAAAUCCAGCUGCUGGAGAAGACUUUGCUGGAAAAUACAUGGGAUAUGCUGCCGGAAUGCUGAGCAAAUACAAGAAAAUCAAACGAGUGAAGACGCACAAUCUGCUAGCUGGAGACAAGGAAAAGUUUGAAAAGGAAUUAGAUAAUGCCCUGGUAGAAGACCGGAUAGUAGCCCACUGGCAUCCAAAUUUGACAAUCAAUCUGGUGACUGAUCAAACGAAUUGGGUCAAAGGUUCAGUUCCUCCUCCGUUGGACGAAUAUGUAAAAUUCUUGCCAGGAGCUCAAACAUAUCUCCCAAUCGUUUUUUACAAUGACUACUGGAACAUGUUACGCGAAUAUCAGCCGAUCAAUGAAACUACCCCAGUGUUGCAACUGAAUCUCUGCUAUCAACCGCUUUCCCUAUUCAAGUGGCAAUUGUAUGCUGCCCAAACAAUGCGCAAUAAGUGGACAAACAACAUCUUUGGAGAAGCCUUGGCUGGUGGAACCGAAUCAGACGAAGAUCAGGAUUCCCUCAAAGAAACUUUGCUGGAAACCAAUCCCUACCUUUUGGGCAUCACCAUCGCAGUUUCUAUUUUACACAGCAUUUUCGAAUUGCUGGCAUUCAAAAACGAUAUCCAAUUCUGGAAGGAUAGAAAGUCGCUGGAAGGUCUAUCCGUGCGAUCGGUCUUUUUCAAUGUAUUCCAAUCAUUGAUCGUGCUGUUAUACGUUUUGGACAACGAGACAAAUUUCAUGAUCAAGGUCAGUUGCUUCAUCGGGCUAGGUAUUGAAGUCUGGAAGAUUCAGAAAGUGGUCAACAUCAACAUAAAUAAGGAGGACCUCAUGUUUGGUUUCCUUCCUCGGAUAAGUUUCUCAGAUAAGGGAUCUUACGUGGAGUCCAGCACGAGGCAGUACGACAACAUGGCUUUCAAGUAUCUUGGCUGGGCUUGCUUCCCGUUGUUGAUCGCGUAUGGCAUCUACUCCGUCAUCUAUCAUGAACACAAAGGGUGGUACUCCUUCGUUCUCAACAUGCUCUACGGAUAUCUGCUAACGUUCGGAUUCAUCAUGAUGACGCCUCAGCUGUUCAUCAACUACAAGUUGAAAUCUGUAGCCCAUCUUCCGUGGCGAAUGAUGACGUACAAAUUUUUGAAUACAUUCAUCGACGACAUUUUUGCAUUCGUGAUCAAAAUGCCUACCAUGUACCGGCUGGGUUGCUUCAGAGAUGAUAUCGUCUUCUUCAUCUUCCUCUACCAACGUUGGAUCUACAAGGUAGAUUCGAAGCGAAUCAAUGAGUUCGGUUUUUCGGCAGAAAUGCUGGAAGAACAAGCAGCCAAAGCUAAGCAGACUAACGCACUUACUGGUAGCAGUACCGGUGCAGCAGAACCAGUGGGAACGCCUGGUGCCGCAAGUGGUGCUUCCUCCGAUGAAUCUAAAAGCCAACCGUCGUCUCCCAACGCUGGUGCCAGGAAGCGGAAAAAUAAAAAAUCUUCACCCAAAGCUAAGGCUGACGCUGGGGGCGACAAGAAGGGCAACUAAAACCCCGCGGUUAGUUUGUUUUUCUCAUAUUUUGUUUGUUCCACGCUAAGUUCGUCGUUCAAUGCCACUUUUGUCUGCAACCGGGUCCGACAACUUGACUCAUUAUUAUUUUCGUAUUAUAGGCAGUUAAGAGAUUCGUCUAUAAAUUAUGAAACUUUCUUUGUUGUUGUUAUACCAUCCAUCCGGUGGUACAAUCGUGUAUUUUUGUUGGAAAUAUUCCUAGCAACUCAAAUCCCAAUGAUCUGCUGUAGCAGUUUUUAAAUGAUUGAAAACCUAUAUCAAUGUUCGCCCAGAUGUUUAUUUCCAUGUGAAUAUGUUCAAAUAAACCAGAGCAAGAAGGAGCGUUUAUAAUUGUAAAACUAUACAUAGUAAGAUUCAUCGGACGACUAAUAUAUUUAACCACUGUGUAGCUAAAAAUAUAGAACUGCGUAGUAUUGUAUAACUUAAACUCCGGGAAACGAACCCAAUAUGAAUGAAGAUAAUAAAGAUAAUGUAUUCAAAA